GUGUUUUGGUAUUAUAUUCUAAUUUGACAGUUCGACACGAAUCCUACACACUGAAUUUCACCUGUUUUUUUUUCUUUGCGAGGCAACGCGUAUUAUAAAUCGACGGGAAAAGCACCCAAUAAUAAUUAUUGAAGUAGAGAAAAGUGAAUUAUAUUUUUCGGUUAGUUAUCACUGGUCUUGUGUGAAGGCUUUUCGUGUCGUCGAUUCAAUUUCCCGUUUUAACAUACACUCGUUUUUGGAUCCCUUAUCUAAUGUGUUUCAUUGAUAACAUUUGACUUUAUCGGUAAAUGAAAACGUUUCUGUAUUGGUCCGUGACAAAUUCGAAUGGAAUCAAUGGUUUAUAAAGCCUCUUCAAUAAAAUUCUUGUUGAUAAUUAAUGAAAAAUGAACGGAGUUAUAUAUUUUCUGCGUUUGUUUUCGUCCAAUUUCUAUCGGUGUUGUUUACGAACUGUCAGAUGGGUACUUUGGCCAGUUAGGUUGGCAAUAUUGCGCUUAGAAUAUCGCUACUCCUAUGAGUGUCGCCCGUUACGUUCGAAUGAUGAGCUUUUGAACUUUCAUCGAUUACCAAUCAUUUGGAAGCAUAUGGUUGUGCCAAUUGUACCGAGAUGCAAAGCGAGAAAUUUCAAUGAAAACUACGACAAUUUCAGCCAUAAAGGCGAAUUGGUUGAUGAUUCCAACGGACGUCCUGAGGUGUUAGUUUGCCACGAUUUGGCAGGAAACUAUCGAGAUGAUAGGUUCAUAACUGGCUCCAGAAAAUGGGAUGAUUACCGAUUCUACCAUUGGGCGGGAAUCGACUACUUUUGUUAUUUUAGUCAUGAGUACAUAACCAUUCCUACGUUACCUUGGAUAAAUGCCGCCCAUAAUAACGGCGUAAAGGUCUUGGGCACAGUCAUUGUCGAAUCGGCCCGCGGACGAACUCUUUUAAAUGAAAUUCUAAAGUCGCGAUCGUACAUGAAUGACGUGGUUGAGGCGCUGGUUCUGGUAGCCAAAACUUGUCAAUUUGAAGGAUGGCUCUUGAAUGUCGAAUGUUCGUUAGAUGCAGACCAAAUUCCGAUGCUGAAAGACUUUGUGGAUAAUCUGACGUUUAGAAUGCAUCAAGAGGUUCCGCAUGGUAUGGUAUUAUGGUAUGACAGUAUCAUUGAGAACGGGGCAUUAAGUUGGCAAAAUGAAUUAAAUAAUAAGAAUAAGUCAUUUUUCGACCUUUGUGAUGGCAUUUUGAUAAAUUACACAUGGAACGAAAAUAAUUUGGAACGGACGAUCCAGAUUAUAGACGAAAAAGGAGGAGAUGUUCAUAAAGUGUUCAUUGGAAUUGACGUUUGGGGCAGGGGACAGUUAGCAAAGUUUCAAUCGCAUAUCACUCUCGCUAAGAUCAAAAAGCACGACUUUUCUGUGGGAAUAUUCGCACCAGCCUGGACAUUCGAAGAUACGAGACAUCUCGGUGUGAACAUAUCUGUGCCGAAUGGAAGCGAGAUUUGCAAUAAACAUUUCAUUGAAAGGAACGAUCUUUUCUGGGAACGGUUAUGGAAGUACCUGCUAACAACAGGCCCAAAAGUUCUUCCUUUUUACACAUCAUUCUGUUUGGGUUCCGGCAAACAGCAAUACCGAGAGGGUCUUCUAAGUCAAAGCAGACCGUGGUACAACUUGUGUAAUCAAUCCUUUCAGCCCAGUGUCCCAUCCACAUCUGUCGUGCGAUUUUUUGACGAAUCAUACGGCGGCGGAUCUUGUUUGAAAGUGCUGCCGACAGCGGAACCGAAACGGUUAUUCGCUGCAGAAUUUUCGUGUCAAAAAGACAUCAUUCUGGCAUAUUCAUUCAAAAGAUGUUGCUCAACUGACGAAUUUGAAUUGCUGUUGACCCUGCGGGAUGAUUUAAGUGGAACUUACUGUCAAUUGAUCUGCGGUGACAAUGAAAACAUUUAUGAAGAUCUUGUACCCGGACGUAGAUGGUGCACUUUGCUGAGAGGAAUUGACUUAAGGAAGACGUUGAUCCAUUUGAGUACAAAGCAGGAACGGUUACUUCCAUCGGUAACGCCAAUCAAUGGAUGGGAAGUAAGGUAUUACUACUUCAGAUGCGAACAAGGUAUUUCUGCUAAAAUUAUCGAUAUUGGAGUCAUGAGCAGAGCUGCCGAAGGAAUUUUACUGGGUGCAAUUCAUAUCCAUGAAGGAGUGCCGCUGUAUAAGUUUGAUGACAUCCAAAUGGUAACCACCUGGGACUUCGUAGCAGACUGCCCAUGAAUUCCAAUAUGGUCUCUACAAUUAAACUAUAUGCCAUCUCGUAUGAAUUAUUAAUUAUUUUUUUUUUUUUUUGCAAAACGUUUGGUUCAAUUAAAUAUGCUUAAAAGUAAUAAUUAUUUUUGAUUUAAUUUUUUUCGUUUCGAUAUUUUCUUCUGUAUUUUACUUUCGAAAUCAAAAGAAUAAAUCGAAACUGAAUCGGUGAAAUGAUAUUGUGCGUAAUUUAAUUGUUGAUUUUGUGUUCAUCAAAUUGGAAAUAAAUUAAUCAAAUCAUUAAU